AUGGCGGAAUCAAGCUUUCAGGGAUCUGUGCAUCCUAAGUAUAGUCAAGGAUACUCUGCCGAUGUGGACAUAAUCAGAGACCAAGAGUACCCUCUACUAAAUGGAACAACAUACUUAGAUUAUGCGGGGACAACUCCCUAUGCCAAGUCCAUGAUCGAGUCUUUCUCGCGUGAUCUUACAUCUAAUCUGUUUGGAAACCCUCAUUCGAUGUCUGUAUCGUCGCAGCUUUCUACACAGAGAACAGAAGAUGUCCGAGUCCGCGUAUUGCGAUUCUUCAAUGCGGACCCGGAUGAAUUCGAUCUUGUCUUUGUGGCAAACGCAACUGCUGGCAUUAAGCUAGUCGCAGACUCACUCCGAGACUCCGACCACCGAGGAUUUUGGUAUGGCUACCAUAUUGAUGCUCAUACCAGUCUCGUCGGGGUACGAGAGUUGGCCGAGAUGGGCUAUCAGUGUUUUCAAAAUGAUGAUGAGAUGGAGGCUGAGAUUUCAAAGUUGGCUGGCAACCAGUCGAAGGCGCCCAGACUACUUGCAUACCCAGCCCAAUCGAAUAUGAACGGCCGACGUCUGCCUAUUCGAUGGUGCGAGCAAGUCCGAUCCGCAACAAACAAAAGCGGAGGAAAUGUAUACACCUUGCUUGACGCUGCGUCGCUGGUAUCAACCGCUCCACUUGAUCUAGGCCCGUCCUCAUCUGCUCCGGACUUCACUGUCCUCAGCUUCUACAAAAUAUUUGGGUUUCCUGACUUGGGUGCUUUGAUUGUCCGCAAAAGUGCUGCAAGGGCCUUUGAGCGACGGAAGUAUUUUGGCGGAGGCACCGUCGACAUGGUCCUGGCCACUGGCGUGCAAUGGCAUGCGAAAAAAGAAACCUCCAUCCAUGAGCGGCUGGAGGAUGGUACUCUCCCGUUCCAUAGUAUCAUAGCUUUGGACACGGCCUUGGACACGCACGAACGCUUGUUCGGUUCAAUGGCGAACAUUUCGGCCCAUACUGGGUUCCUCGCAAAGCAAGUCUAUGAUAGGCUUUCUUCAUUGGCGCAUUUCAAUGAGAGAAAAGUCUGUCAAAUUUAUCAAUCCCACACGGCAUAUGGCUCACAUACCCAAGGUCCGAUUAUUGCGUUCAAUCUUUGCAAUAGUCGCGGCGAAUGGGUUCCUAAAACCGAGGUGGAAAAAUUGGCCACAGUGCAAGACCUGCAAAUACGCACUGGUUCUGUUUGCAAUCCAGGAGGAACUGCCUCGUCACUUGGGUGGACUGGACCCGAGCUUCGCCGGCAUUACUCUGCGGGAUUACGCUGUGGUGAUAACCAUGAUGUUCUGGGAGGGCGACCAACAGGAAUUCUGCGUGUCAGUAUCGGUGCCACGACAAACAUGAAGGAUAUAGACUCCUUGAUAAACUUCAUCGAGGAGUUUUACGUGGAGAAGUGUCCACCUAUAGUCGCCCUGGAUCCUCUGACAGAAGACAAUGAGGUCGUUGCCCCUCAUUUCUAUGUUGAAAGCUUGGCAGUGUUCCCAAUCAAAAGCUGCGGUGCUUUCAAGAUACCCGAGGGAAGACGUUGGGAAGUGAAGAAAGAGGGACUGGCUUGGGAUAGAGAGUGGUGUUUGAUUCAUCAAGGGACUGGUGCAGCCCUGAAUCAGAAAAGAUACCCUCGAAUGUGCCUCAUCCGACCCUCAAUCGAGAUUGAAAAAGGAGUUCUCCGUAUUACUUGUGGUGCAAUCGGCGCACCAGAUCAGGUCAGCCUGGAGAUUUCGCUUGGCUGGGAGGACACCAGUCUCAUCUCCACAUCCUUCUGUCCAAGCUCGACCAAAAAGCCUACAACUGUCUGCGGUGACCGAAUCUCUCUCCAUGCCUACACGUCCCCAGUGGUCUCGGCCUUCUUCUCGGACUUCCUGGGAGUGCCCUGUACUCUUGCACGGUUCCCUACACAGACCGCCAACCGGUACUCACGGAUUCAACGGACACCGAAUACGUGGAAGAACCGUUUCCGCAAGCUGAUCAUGCCAGGCUCAUUCCCACCUGACUUCCCUCCCCCGGUACGUGAGGGUGGCCAGACACAAAUCACGUUAUCCAACGAGUCGCCAAUUCUAAUUGUCUCGCGUUCAUCUGUCAACCGACUGAAUGAGACCAUCAAAGCAAACAACAAGCAGGGAAGCAGUAAGACUGUUGCUGCAGACGUCUUCCGGGGUAACAUUGUUGUUGCUGAACGACUUGCUCACCGUGGCGAUGUGGAACAACCAUAUGCGGAGGACCGGUGGUCAUCCCUUCGAAUUGGACCUGACCAACUUCGGUUCGAUGCUCUCGAUGCAUGCCAGCGAUGUCAAAUGGUUUGUAUAGACCAGUUCACCGGCGUCCGACGUGCUGAACCGUUCUCAACGCUUGCCAAGACGCGAAACAUUGAUGGGAAGGUCAAAUUUGGCAAAUAUUCCGCACUUUCUCCCGAAGAACUCGAGGGCUUUGACUCGGAACUACCCGAUCGCAGGACGGUGAUGGUAGGAGAUGUGGUUGUGCCAUAUCAGGAUGAUUGA